GGGUAAACAGGUCCUUGAACUUGUGGUCAUCAGUGUGGCUACAACCUCGAGGGGAGGUGUACGUGCCGUUUUCGGCUCCUACAAUACCGUUACUUUAUAGUAUUGAGCCGUACAGUGAAGUGAAAGAUGACAUGGAAAGCGGCAGCAGGCAGUGUAGCGAUGCUGACGCUGUGGGUGACAAAUGUGGUGGUGGAUUACACUGCUGUGUUGAACAUAAUCCUCACCGAUAUCGUCCUGGGAAGUGUUCUACUGCUGUGGCAGCUGAUCUUCCAUCUCGUCACUUGUGGCUGGCUCCUCAGAAUAUUGUCAAACAAAUUUAACAAGUGUGGCCUGACUGUGCUGUUUCUGAUGAUGCAGAUACCAUUCUUUCUGUUGUGUCGUGGAGCGUGGUAUGGCCUGGGUGCAUGCUUGGGCCACACCCAGACAGAAAAGUCACGCAAGGCUCUCCAAGCAAAAUUUGCCUGUGUUUGUGAAAUAUGGAACUCCUUUGAGAAACUUCCAGUUGAAGGGCCAGAACACCGUGAGGAGAGUUGUGUUCAUUCCCAGUCUAGGGGGAUGCCUGUGGAGUCACAUGUAGCCCUAGACACCAAUGGAACUGCUAACAUCACUUUUGAAGAUCAAUACGAAACUGAAGUCCCACUGAAAAUGGUGGCAACCAAGUUCAUUCAAAACACAAAUCAAAUUCAACUCAGUCCGGGUGCUCCCGAAGAGGUCUAUGGUGGUGAACGGAGCGUGUAUAAAUACGUAACAAGAAGAUUACGGGAGCUCUAUGCAGAUAAGACAUCAGUUUCCUAUCAUAUAGUAACAGAUUCCACAAACACAAAAAUAAUUCAUGCUUCAUGUACAGAUAAACGCAUUUGUAGCUUGCCUGAGCGUGUCCUCAGUGAGAACCCUCGUAUUAUUUGCAACGAUACCCACUAUCUUUUGAAUCUUCAUAGGUAUAAUGGUUAUGAAGUAUAUCCAAUUACAAAACGAUCGCUAGGAGAAGUCACCAGCUUCAUUAACAGAGACCUAACAAAGUUGAUCUGGCUUCCCACAUGGCCCCUGACAGUGAUCAAGUUCAUCAUCAUAAUGGAUUUGUGGCAAAGACAAGUGUGGUUAGUGCCCUCCAUGGCAUACGUUAGCGCAGUGCUUGGAGUCCUGACAUGGCUGGUGACGCAGAGGUCUCUCUAUCAAACAAACCAUGACGUCCUGCUCCUCAGUGGUCUCAGGCUCUUCUUAUAUGUGGUGAGGACCAUACUUUUGUGUGGUUCAGGCGUACUCAUGGGCCUUUACCUCAUCAUCUUUCCUUACGUCUUAGCCAAGGCUGCAGGGUUCAUCAGUUUUGUUGUUUACCUUGCCUUCAUGAAAGUAAACAGGAAUGUGGAACUCUUUGUGGAUGUUGUGGAGAGGUAUACAUUUUACCCUGCACAUAACCUUGUUGUGCAGGUGGGCGAGAGCUUUGUGUACUGCCUUUGGGCCAUAAUUGUAUAUUGUACUUCUACCUCGGGUAAGCAUGUUUCAUAUAGUCUUAUUUUGCUACUAAUAACCUUCAUUGGUCAUGUGAUUGGUUUGGUCUGGCUCUGGUUCAUUAGAUCACGAUAUAGACAGCCACUCCGUGACCCUGCCCAGGUGCUUGCCUUGAUAAAGCAAAUGGAAUAUGCUAGGACAUAGAACUAAAUUUUGUUCUUUUGAGAUCCCCAUUUAUUGUUGUAUUCUCUGCUUAAAGUUCAUUAAUUUGUUAAAAUAUUUUUAAUGUUUAGCCAUGACUAGUGUCAAAGAACACCUCAUUGGUUCCUAUAUAUAUAUAUUCUCCAUUCUCGUCUCAUGAUCUGUCUGUAUUUGCAUAAUUUGUAAUAGUUUGCGUUUUUAAUGUUAUUUUGUUAAAUUAUAUUUUUGUAAUACAAUUUGCCUAAGAGUAUUAAACUUUUGUAAAUUAUAUAUAUGCUUUAUUGUAUAGGUGCUUUAAUUCUCUGAUGAUUCCUUAACCAGGAAUAAUGAUAUUUGAUCUAAUGUAUGUGUGAACAAUUUUAAAUUUAAUGCUUUAAUGAAUGUGUGACACUUGUGUGUUUUCUAGACUUGGGAUAAUUAGUGAAUCAUAAAUACUUGCAUUUUCUCCCAACUAAUUUUAAUUAUAUUUUUAAAAUUUAUAAUUUGUCAAUACUGUACUAAUGCUUGUAUGUGAACGUUCCAUUGAUAAUAAAUAUACUAUUGUAUGAAGUGGGAUUGUCAGACUAUGGAAGGAAAUUGUUGUACAGUAUAUAAAAUAACAAAAUAUAAUUAAGAUAAUCCUUUGGUGUUAGCCUAUAUUUCAUAUGUAACAGUUAGAAAAGAAAAAUGGAAUAUAUUGGAAAUACAUUUUAGUGCAAAGGUGGUGAACAAAGUACUGUGAGUGAAAAUUUGGAAUAGGGAAGUUGGAACAGGAAACAUGGAGUGUAUUAGGAGCAUAAUAGGUUCAUGUACAGUACUAUACUGUAGAUGAGAGCGGGCAAUGAGUGCAUAAUCCACUACCAUAUAAUUUUCUCUUGUCAAUUUCUUAGUACUGUAGAUGCAUAUUAAUGUAGUAUUAAAUAUUAUAUAUUUAUAAGAGUAGCAAUUUUACGACUUUUUUCAGGUACAGUACUCGUAUUGAUACAUGAGAAACUUGCAAUUAGUGAAUAGUAUACCUCAUCAUGGCCAAAACAAGUGAAAGAGGGGCAUUUAGAGAAUCAGAUACAUGCUUAAAAUUAAUGACAGAGGUGUGUAUGACAAUUAAAAUGCUGAAUUUUUAUGGAGCUGAUGGGAUGAAGUUGAUACACAUGGAUCUUGAAAAACAUCCAUACUGUACUGUACUUAGUGGUGCAUUGUGUUAAGGCUUUGUUUACAUUAUUCCAAUCUUAUUAAACCCCUUACACUGCUCCAAUCACCAAAUACCAUUUUUUAUCACUCAAUUUGUUAACUUCUCAACAUGCACAUCUCGAUGUAGUACUUUUAAAAAGAGCUACACCAUUUAGGGGUUAGGAGUAUGAGAAGGAUAUUAUUAAUAUAUAAUUUUAUGAAAAUGGAGAUUACACAUGGAUGGGAAAUAGGACUACAUCAAUCAAUCCUAUUUCUUACAAGAAGUUAAGUCACUUUAAUUAAAACUAAACUUAAUCUACAAAGCUAUUUAAAUUUAUUGCCAUUAGCAACAAUAAAAGCCUUAAAAUUAAAGAAAUCUUUAUUUCCUUUUACAAAAUAACAAAUGAUUUUAUGUAUAAAAUACAGAUCUAGUCUACUUCAUGAAAGACUAAAUGUACACAACAAUUCACAACCUGCAAUGGUCAAUGUGUACUGAAUACACAAGGUGUUGAGAAUUCUAUAAAAAGAUGAGCAUGGAUUAUUAAUAGCUAAAAAGACACUAAUGGUGUGCAUACUCCAGAUCAAUUCAUUCAAAAUUCAACCAUUUCAUUAUUUCAUCAAUAAAAAGUAAAAAUAUGGCCUAUAACACAAUUGCAUAUACUGUAUAACAACUGUUCACUAAAUAUGAAAUAUCUAUUACGUGUGUGUGCAUGUGUGUGUUGGUGUCUGCCUACCUGUCUGUUUGUAUCUGCACAUGUGUUUGUGUUGGGGGGAAAGGGGUGAGAUGGUAAGGAAAAAUUAAGAAAAAUGUAGAGACAGUAAAGAAAAUAACAGGUAAACAGAAAGAGGUCUGAGUAAACAAAGACACUGAAAGAAGUGUGCAUAAAUGUUCUCAUAUGACACAUAUUUUCCAACUGUCUUGGUGGACCUAUCUGUGAGCAGACAUUAUUUAUAUUCUAUCUUAAAGGAGGUCUGGUGGGAACACCAUUCUAGCAAAAAAGUGAUACAAAUAAUUUGUAUCAUAACAAAUGCACCACAAAGGAAUAACUUUUAAUGGCUGAAGUAAUUAUCUUAGAUUUCAGUAACAAUGCCAUAUUUAAUCCUAUGUAUACAAUUACAAAUGAUUAAAUGCAAACUUUAAAAUUCACAAAACAAAAUUAAAUCAAGUACUGUACCUCACAUAUCCUAAAGUAUGUUAUAAUACUGAUCAAAAUGACUUAAAGGUCUGUGUUUCAUCAUUGUGUAAUUGUAAGCAUAGUUAGUUGUACGCCAAUUUUCUAGUUACAUAAUAUUUAUCACAUUACAACACUUAUGGCCAACUGUAAGCUAUAGCUCAUGUUUUGUCUGUCUACAAAGCAAAGCUAUAGCAUUUCCAAACGCAAGAAUUUCUGGAAAGUUAAUCUCAAAGAAGUAAACUAUAAACCUUAAGAAAUAACAACUGAGAGCCUGCAAUAUA